AUGGCUGCUGGUGAUAAUGAUAUGGUAGAAGGCUCCAUUUCUUCUGUUCAUGUUGAUUCAUUGGAGUCUAAUCAGAAUGGAGAUGCACUUUCUCUUGAAGACGUAGCUUGGGUUGAUUCUUGCCUGGUUAAAGAUCCUGAAAUUUCAGAUGGUGACUGGAGUUCUCUGAAAGAUGUUUUGCUAGAAAUUCUUAGUCUGCAGCCAGAAUCACACGACUCUUCUGAAUCUGGAAUAGAUGAUUUGCCUAGAGGGGCUGACGUUCUGAUGCUUCCUUCCAAUGAAGCAGGAAAUUUACAGUCAUCUGUAGUAACUGAUAAUGAGGUCGCCACAAUUAAUGAAGAAUUACAAAUGAAAAGCAAUGGUUUUCCAACCAAUGAGGAGACUGAUGUUUCAUCAUCACAAAUUUUUCAGGGAGAUUUCUCAGAAACUUCUCUCAAACAUGCUUUUUCAUCUAAUUACAAGGAGGAUGAUGACUCAAAAAUGAGUCUAGCAGUUGAUUCAGGACUUGACAUGGGUUUUUCAGCAUCUGAUAUCGAGCCAUCAACUGAGGAUAUCUUUAAGGUUUGGGAUUUGGGCAUUCUAGACGAGGAAGAUGAGCUUGUUAAGCAGUUGAAUGAGGCCCUUUGCGAAAAUCCUGCUCAAUCCACAUCACCAUCAUCUGAUGAUUCCGGGGUGUUGAAAGAUUUGAAAGAGGAGUCUCUUAAUGCUUUGAUUAAUGGCAUUGCAGACCUGUCUCUGGAUCGACAUUCUUGA